AUGAAAACUCUUUUUUUAGUAAUAAUUAGCGCUAUUUAAAUUUAGUUAGUCAUAAGUGGAGUAGCUAAUGUUUAUUGUGGAGAUAAGAAUUGUUAUGAUAUUUUAGGGAUAUCUAGUUCAGCUACACCUGAAGAGAUAAGAGUAGCGUUUAGGAAACAAUCAAAGGAAUUUCAUCCUGAUAGAAAUCUUCAUAAAGGAAUUGAUACUCAUGCUCAAUAUUAGUUGAUCACUAAGGCUUAUGAAGUUUUGAAAGAUGAAAAUGUUAGACAAAGUUACGAUAGCUAUUUAGCCAAUCCUUCUAAAGGAGAAUAUUAUCAUUAUUACAAUUAUUAUAAAGCAGUUUAUGCUCCUCAAACUAACCCCUUUGUGGUUAUCAUUUGCACUUUACUGUUUUUAUCUUUUUUCUAAUACUUAGCAAGAAAUAAUGCCUAUGAAACUGCUAUUAGAAGUGUAUAAAAAACAGAUAAAUUUAAAUAAGAUGUAAAUAAUUUGCACAGAGAAUAACCUGAAAGAAAAAAAGAAGAAAUAAAGCAAGAAUUAUUAUAGAGAAUAGUGAUAUAAGGAGGUUAAUCUAAAAUAAAGAUUUAGGAGAUUCUUAUUAUUAGAGUUACUUUAUUGCCUUAUUUCAUCUGCAAAUAUUUGUACAAAAAAAUUAGAUGGGUUGUUAGGUACAACAUAUAAAAAAAAGAAUACACUCGUGAAGAUUAAGAAAUUUUAACUAUGUAAUUGUUGAAAAUAAAAGAUUACAGAUGGGAAGGUUUGAAUGAGGAGGAUAAAGAAGAAUUGCUUGAAAAAAAGUUAUGGAUUAAAGAAAAUUAUGCUUAAUAUGUUAAAGAGUAGACUGAAGCUUACGAAAAAAGAAAAGAAGAAUUUUUAAACUCUAAUAAGGGGAAAAAAUAUUUAAGAUACAUGAAGGGUGGAAAGUGA